UGUAAACCUCCACCUUCGAUAGGAACGAAAGAAGGUGACCCUCAGACAAACAAAAGACCGGGCCAAACAUCUCUUAAAGCAACACCGGCAGGCUGAGAACAAGUCCGAGAAAGCGAGUGGUGUCGAAGAAGAAGAAGAGGACGAAGUUAAAAAGCUACUGACCGAUUGGAUGUUUCUAAUAGAACAAGGGGUUGACGAGAAACCCAGGACCAAGAAAAAGGAUGCUGAUGGCAAAAAACUGGAGGCCAAGGGGAUUAUCAUUAGGGAAGCUGCUAUGCGGGCUUUGAAAAAAGAGAACACCGACGACAAUCCUUUUGAAGGAGAUGCCCCCGAAGAAGACGAGAUCGCGACUGAUCCAGAAGAUAGUGCAGGACCACAGCAAACACCUACCACACGCAAGAGAAAAAUGCGGUCAGAUGUAAUCGAGUACUUAUCCGAAAAGAACGAAAAGGAUGACCGUUUGCGCUUAGUGGAAAUUCGAUUCAAGGAAAGGAAGUUCGAUAAGGAGGCAGAAUUGCGUGAGAAAGAACUGAAACUCCAAAGAGAACGACUUGAAAAGGACAGUAAGUUGCAUGAAGAGGAGCUAAGUUUAAAAAAAGCUCAGUUGGACUUGCAGCGUGAGCAGCAGAUGGAAAUGACCAAGCUUAUGAUGGUCAUACUUAAAAACCCUGCCAAAACCUAAUGCUUUCUUCUAUAGCAUCAUGUACCGCAAUUGCAGUGCUGGUAAUCAUGUUAAGCAUAUGUUUGGGCAGUUACAGGAUUACCCAGGUAAGGUUUCAUUGGCUAAUUUUUCAACUAUGCUUCUACUGGUUCUUUUUCACUAUGCUUCUACUGGUUCUUUUUAUAGGUAGUUUUUAAAAUAAACUUUCAAAUGUUUCGAAUGUCCACGAUGCACAUGAAACAUCAUUCAGUAUUUAACAUAAGGUGCAGUACCAAUCUCGCUCGUUUGAAAAAUUGGCAAGUGAAACAUUUCCUUGGACACCCAUGGAAUGAAUACUAACUGCUUCUUUAAAACAAGUGAAUGUUGCAUAAAUUUCACUCUUAGAACUUCUUAAGGUUUCACCGAAGGGGCGGCUAUUUUGCUAGCAUUUCAAAUUUUAAA